AUGUUGGGUGCCCCGAGGAACCCUCCUAGAGUCGUUACGGUUAGAGUUAAUAAAGCAUCUGGUUUGCGAAACACUUAUGUUGAAGCAAAGAAGCAUCGGAAGGAUAAUUGCAAAUGGAAGGUUAAGAUCAAAGGAGGGAAAAAGACAAUGGAAUCAUACACCAUAAAUGACCCCAGUGGCAAUCCUACGUGGGAUUUUGAGGCCACUGUUGAAAUUGUAGAUAUUAGUCAACCUGUGGUUAUAAAAGUCACUGAUUCUGAUGAUCAUCAUGUUGGUCAGGUUGUUAUACCGCUUGUCCAAAUUCCUCCUCGGCCGGCUGGCCCUUCUGCAAAGCCGGCGACAUCCGCCAAUCUUCGAGUCGCGGAGUUGGAACCCACUAAAAAGGUUUCGGAAGUUUAUGGAUCUCUCUAUUACUGGAUAUGGGCAGAGUCAUAUUAUGACGAUUUUGGUCCUGAAAAAAGCUCAGGGACCUCUAUUAUAGGCUCCAAUCGGAUUCGUCGUAGUGCUUCAAGAUUAUCUUCUCACCUCCAUCGGCAUCGGGAUAAGGAUGACGGAGCCUCGGUGGCUGAAAGCUCAUUAAGCAUGUACUCUACUGCAAGUGGGAAGAAGAAACAUUGGUAUCAAAAGAAUCCCAUUAAGCAUAUCCAAGAUAAACACAGGAGUGGUGCGGCACAUCUGGGUAGUAAACACGGUAGCGAACUCGGUUAUAGUAUGUCCCAAUCAAUGAACUCCCUAUUCCCUUCUGAGAAUGAUGGUAGCAUUCUUGGUGGCCGCUCGGGUAAUGGGAGCUACAUUUCUGCAGGUAGCAAUGCUGUACUGACAGAUGUGGAUUCCGAAAUGCCGACAGCUGCCCGCAAAAUAGCCAAUAAUCCAGAUACGGCCCUGAAACGACCAACUAUUCCUUCUGAGCGUCCAAAGCGGCGUAGUGAAUAUGAGACUCCUUUGAAACAGACAGAAAAGACUCCAUCUCCUGCUUCCUCGGACGAGGGCGAUGAUAUUCAAACUCAACCGCCUUCUGCUUUGGAAGCGCCUUUGUCAACCCAGGAACCACCCAGUCUUCUCUUUAUCUCUCCAUCCACUGGAUCCCUAAAUUCUGAAACCGAAGUCCGUGUGUAUGGUAAGAAUCUGAGUCCCUCAAUAAUGCGGCACGCCGUUCUUCUUGUUGAUGAUUACACCGUUGCCAACUACAAUUGGAGCGUUAGCGAAGGUUCGUGGACCGAGGAGCCACGCGCAACUCACAGGCUGACUCUGAAAGUCCCUCCCAAGAAGGAUGCCUCAGACAGUAAUGAGGUUUGGAUUGAUGUGGAGACAAUGGGUCAUGGUCGAUUACGAUGUCCCACACCUUUCGUCUACCAUGUGUCUGAGAAACCACCAAAAGAGAAACAACCGUCUUCGAACUUACUAGAGUCGGGCUUCAUUCGCAACUCCAGCAUCCGUCUCUCCGACAAUCGUGCCAGACGCAGUGUCAGGAGACCAGCGGAAACAACGCCCCUGAAAGCAACUAGUCCGCUGACAACCGAGAAGAGUGGAUUCGCUCGGAAUUCCAGUAUUCGUCUCUCGGACACAAGGGUGCGUCGUAGUAUGCGAGGCGCAAAACCACCACCACCAACUCUACCAUCGUUCAACGAGAUUCCAAGUGGUGCUGGAACUCGUUCCUCCGGUCUUGGAUCAGAGGAUUCGUUCAGUGAAACUACCGCCCCUGGUGCUACAAUUUGUUCAAUUGAUGAGAUGCACAUAGACUCGCUAGCCGACGCUGAAGAGGUGAUUGCUAAACUAAGGGUCGAGGUAUCUGGUUUGACCACCGAGUUAUCCCGCAAGGCGGCGGAUGUUGAUCGCGUCAGCGCGCACCUCUGCCGUCUGCGAAUGCGCCUUCUAGAAGACGGCAUGUUUAAGUACCUUGAGAGGGUCUAG